GGUUGGUGUACACGGGUCGGGUCAGAUUUAGGAUAACUCAUUUCUAUUGUUCUUCCCCAAAAUUCUAGGGUUAGACUCGAGAGUGAAGAAGAGAUGGCAGGAGGUCAUGGUUAUGGCAAUGGAACAUACAAAGGCGUCCAUUUGCAUCAGCCGAAGCGUUGGCAUACCAUCACCGGAAAGGGCAUGUGCGCCAUGAUGUGGUUUUGGAUUCUGUAUCGGGCAAAGCAAGAUGGCCCUGUAGUUCUGGGAUGGAGACACCCUUGGGAAGGGCACGGACAUGAACAUGGAGACGAACAUUAGGUGUCAGCGAUGAUCAAAAGAGAUGGUGGUUCUAAGAUACAUUGCUUUCCUCUCUUAAAUAAAUAUAAAUAUAAAUAUAAAUAUAAAUAUAAAUAUAAAUAUAAAUAUAAAUAUAAAUUGUGAACGAGUUAUGAUCGAUCUCUGUUGUUUCUUUUUUUUUUUUUUUUUUUUCACAUGGCAAAUCAGUUGUGAUUGCUAGUAUCUUAGAUUGGAUUACUUGAAUAUGAGUUUUGGGUUCUUAUUCAUAUAUAGGCUCCAACAAUUUGGGUUAUAUAAACAAUCGAUCCCGACCUUGGUCUUAAAA